AUGUGGCCGACUCCGAAAUGUGUAUUGACGUUGUUCAUUUCCCCGUCUCUCAUUGCUCUCGUUUCCCCGUUGAAGGAUGAAAUCAAACUCCGGGUUCCAUCUGAGGGAAACUCCUUCUACAUGACUUUUAGGUCGCCAAUGCGCUUUCUAUGCGCGGCGUACAUGACAAUGAGGACUCCCGCCUUCUCUCUAAUCCAGCUUUCCGUCGCGAAAAUCAAAGUCCAGAAGAUAACAGCCAAGGGGUGGGUGAAGUGGUUGAAUAAGGGGUUGCAGUUUCGUGAUGUGAUAUGGUGUGCUGGCAAGGGGUAUUGGGGUAAAAUUAGUCCUGGGGUGGUGGUGCAAGGGUGUCUAUAUACACGCGAGGGAGCUCCGUGUCUUUCGAUGCUGUGUUGUGGCAAGAGCUGGGAUUGGCUGUUCUCUCUCUCCUCCGUUUGA